UGUAGAUCAUCUGUUCUGGGCAGGAGGAUUCGUUCGGUUCACGUGUAGCAGGUCUGGUUUUAUGUUUCUAAAAGUUAAUUUUAGACAUUUCCUUUGAGGGCAUAUAUCGGUAUCGACCGAUCAAAUGUUCACAAGCAGAAAGAGAAACUGUCCAUUGAGAGAGACUAUCAAUAAUCAGUGUUUGGCGUCCAACGUUAGCGUUAGCGGGCUAACCUUAGCAGUUAUUAGCUAAUGUUAGUAUUAGAAGAUAUAGUAGCAUCCACCAAGUGCAGCUGAUGAGGUUUCCUGAUGCCUGCUCAGUCAUCCAGGAUGAGACUUCUAAACUGGACUAAACCCAACAAGGACCUGUUGAAGGAUUACAAAUAAGCAGAUCUAUGAGAUUGUUUUGUGGGAAAGGGUGUGUUUUGAAAUUAUUUAAUUUGAUGUAAACAUGUCAGACAUUUGGAUUAACUUAUCUCUUGAUGAAACUGCACCGAAAAAAGCUCCAGCAGGCAAGCUAAACAGGAAAAAAGAGUGGCUGCGUAGAAAGAGGCACAACCGUGGAGCAAAGGGGUACAGGGAAGGUAAACAAAAAAACAACCAGUAUAGGCAAGACUUCAGACAGAGCCAAACACCACUUCAGAAUGGUGCGUCCAUUAAAUGUCCACCAGCUUCCACUUCCACACAAAACAAAAGUUUAUCGUGUCUGGCCAGUGCUUCACACAGUAGUUCCAUGACUCCAUGUGGUGAAAAACCAAAGGAGCCCCUGAAAUCAGCAGUCAGCAGCCCUGGUUCCUCAAUAUCAAGCACCUGUAAGCCCAUCACCAUGUCAUCAGGGAACCCUUCUAAGUAUGUGGCUAUUGACUGUGAGAUGGUUGGCACGGGACCAAAGCAUCUCAGUGAGCUUGCACGCUGCAGUAUAGUCUCCUAUGAAGGAGAUGUGAUUUACGAUAAGUUUAUCAAGCCCUCUGCACAAGUCACAGACUAUCGCACUCGAUGGAGCGGCAUCCGACGCCGUGACCUCGUCAAUGCCGUGCCAUUUGCCAAGGCCAGGAUGGAGAUACUGUCGUUGCUUAAGGGUAAGGUGGUGGUUGGCCAUGCCAUCCACAAUGACUUCAAGGUGAUUGGUUACUGUCAUCCCCCCGAGCUGACCAGGGACACUUCUCGAAUUCCUCUCCUCAACCAGAUGGCCGGCAUUGAAGGGACUAAGUGCACUUCACUGAAGACGCUCACGAAGGCCAUCUUCAACCGUGACAUUCAGACUGGGAACAAAGGCCACUCCUCUGUGGAGGAUGCUAGAGCCACUAUGGAGCUUUACAAAGUGGUGGAACAUGAGUGGGAGACGCAACUUGCUGCUAACUCAACGGCUAGGUAGUGCCAAGUUGGGGUAAAACACUUGAUAUGGCGGGCAUGCAGUUUGGACUUCGGAAUUUAACUGUCCCGUUGUUGUGUGAAUAACAAAACCAGGAGAACUGCAAUUGCUCAUUCAACAAACCGGAUAACCUUCUACCAGCUGCCUGAAUUUAAAUAAAACUGUACUGUUGUCAGUGGAGGGGAAGAAUGUGAAUAUCUGUUGGAGCUGAAAUUUCUUCUACAUCAAUUUAAGCUUGAUUUUUAUUACUGGAUUAAAUCUAUGCCUUACCAUUACAUCUGUAUCUUCCCAGAAAUGUAUCUGGAUUGGUCCAUUUGGUAGUAAAAUAUGUGAGUAACACAAUGAUAUUGUUUCAUUGAAACAAUAUGUAAUAGGCCACAAUUGUAUCUGGCUUCCUCAAAAAACCAACACAGUUGCCAGUUUUCAGCCAGUGGUUUGUUUGUUUGUUUUUUAAACCAUGAAAGUCUGUAUAUAGACAGAUAUAUUACCCACCCAAAGAAGCCUACAUUGAAAUAUAUGGUAGCACUGCAGCAGAAAUUUUGGUAGAAGUAUAACUACCAAGGCUUUUAAAUCAAGUUUAAUCAGAUGUGACUAGUAAUUCUGUACAUGCUUGUAAUAAUUGCACAAGUAAAUUCCUGGAGGAGUCUGCUCACUGCUGGGACUUUCUAGAAGGAUGUUGGUGUUGGUAUAGAGGCAGGUGUUUUUGAAGACACUUCUCUUUUCUCUUUCAGUAAAGAUGAGUGUUUUAUAUUUGUAUGUAUUUGCUGCAAGUCCAGCAAGAUGAGCUCAGUGUCAUCCUUAAUGGAAGAGUAAUGGAGACGCAUUUGUCCAAACUCCACAAGUAAACAUGCAAAAGCUGCAAUGGCCAUUAUGGUCCUGCAGAGAUUCAGUGCAGGACUACAAAUCAAGCUUUAAUUGCAGCAGUUACAUUUUGUGCCAGGGUUUUACUCUGUGUUCAAAUGGUGCUCAUGCCACUUGGAGGCAGUCAUGUCUUUGCUGGAACAUUAUUAUGUGAUGUAAACAUUUUUUUAUUUUUAUUUUUAUUUUUAUUUUUUUUACUAAAUCAGCACUGGGCUGUAGUAGGAACCGCAUUUUAUCAAGAGUCAUGUAAACACUGCAAAUAAAUGGUCUUAUAUUCUUACCAUGUGAACGCCAGUGAAAAAGAAAGUCAGCCCUGACUAAAAGAGCGUUAGUCAAACAUCUAAUUUUAUUCAGGACCAUAGCUAAAAUUCGACAAAGACUUAACCCAUGAGUCAUCUUUGUAGACUUUAUUAAUAUGUUUUAAGGACUGAAUUGUUAAUAUCACAGACAUUUAUAAAGCUUGCAUUGUUAAAUUUAUUGGAGUUAGUUAUCAUUAAAAAACACAAAAAUCAAGAAUUGAUCAAUAUUAAACUUCACUCCCAUUCCCCAAAAUACUUCUGUUUAGACUUCAGGGUCCACACUGCUAGCCACUGGUUUGAUCUUCCUUUCAUUUCUCCUGUUACAGGAGUGGUCUGAGUGCCCAGUUAAUCAUCUUCCCUCUUUCCACUUCUUUUCCACCAAGUUCAAGAAACAUAAGUGGUGACUUUCUGAAUUUGUGUAAUUUCCUAUGCAAUGUCUGUUGGAAUAUGUUAUUCACUCUACUGUCAUCCUGAUUUUAAAAUCGAUAAAUCAUUACAGCAGUAAUUUUGUGGUGUUACUGUAAUUGGGUGUAAAGAAACCAACACAGCUGAGAUAACGUUCAAAUACUUAUGUGCACAAAACACUGUUUAACUUUUCAGUUUGAAACACUCCUCGCUGUUUUUUUCCACAUUAGUUUUUUAAUGUGGAAAAAAAACUAGCAACGGUGCCAUCUGUGGCCAUUUGAGGUAGUGAAAGAUGUCUGUAUCACUUUGUAGUGCCCAUUUGCAUCAGUGAGUGUAGAAACUUCAUAAGUGGCAGCACAUAAAGAGCCCCAAAUAUGACCAUGAAGCUAGUGAGUCUGUGAAUGCAGAUUUCCUGUCCCAGUGAAUUCCUGACCUAUUUAAAUUAAAGCACUAGUCUCAAAAUCAACAGUGAACAGUCGACUCUGGGAAACUGGCCUUGUAGACAGAGUUGCAAAGAAAAAAAAAAAGAGACCUGUCUAGCCCUAGCCAAUAGAGGGAAUGGUUAAGAUGGGCAAAAAUGUGCAAACACUGGACAAGGCAAAUUCAAAAAGAAAAUAAGAUUUUGGGUUAACGGGUUAAUUUAUAAGACUAGAUGCCAUUUGUCAAGAAAUACCUUUACAUUUCCAAUUCCUUUUGGUGAGGAAAUAUAAAGGCAAAGUGAGAGAUUUGUACAUGACAAAAGACAUCAUGAUAAGGAAAGUUAGACUAUUUUUGAGUGUGAAUACCAGUUGAUUGGAGCGGGUUUCUUUUUCCAAUAGGACAAUGACAAAGCUCCAAAGGAUGCAAAAAAUAUUUAAAGAAGCUGUGAGCUGGUAUUCUGUUUGUAUUGGAGUCAAGUCACUGGAUCUCAACCCCAUUAAGCACUUUUGGGAACCAGCCCACCAUAUAGUGCAUACAUGUUCUGUCAAUAGUAGUGGUGCAACGGAUCAAAAAUCUCACGGUUCGGAUCGGAUGACGGUUUUAAGUCACGGAUCGGAUCAAUUUUCGGAUCAGCAAAAAAAGAAAAAAGACAAAAAUUGAACAUUUACUUAUUGAAGUAUUUUUUGCCUGUUAAAAACAUUCAACUCUAGACUCAUUCCACGCAAUUAUUAAAAAAUAAAUUAUGGUACAAUAUAGGGCAGUAUAGGGCUUUGUAUCUACCACUCAAUUCAAUUCAAUUUUAUUUAUAAAGCGCCAAAUCACAACAGCAGUCAUCUCAAGGCGCUUUAUAUUGUAAGGUAGACCCUACAAUAAUACACCAUACCGCUCAUUAUAUCGCACUCCGCUGUGAUAUAAUGAGCUGUCACAGUCACGUAGCUUUCCGUUGCCCUGGAGGUCCACCCAUUUGUAGUAGUUAGGGCAUCAGAAGAUGCCUGGGACAGUUCAGCCAUAACUUAAAUCUUUUCCUGCUCAUACAUGCUUGGAACGAUCUUGCCACUAAAGUGGACGCGCAACGGACAUGCUCAAGCAUGUUCAUCAUAGUUUAAACCCCUUGUUUUGCACAACGGAAUACGGCCUCCCGUCUGCAGCUAAACACCCCAAUAGCUUUU